AUCUUGCUCCUGCUCCCCAUGGCCUUUCUCCUGCCCUAUGGGGCUCAGGCUGGUGAGAUCAUCGGGGGCCGGGAAGCCCGGCCCCACUCCAGACGUUACAUGGCCUAUCUGGAAAUACAAAUCAAGGGGGGUAAAAAGAAAUGUGGCGGAUUCCUGGUGAAGACAAACUUUGUGCUGACGGCCGCUCACUGCCAGGGAGGGAAGAUCGUGGUCACCUUGGGAGCCCAUAACGUUAGCCAAGAGGAAAAGACCCGACAAGUGAUCCCCGUGCGCCGCUGGGUCCCACACCCACAAUUCAACAAAAAGACCCUGGAAAAUGAUAUCAUGGUUUUACAGUUGUCACGCAGUGCAGUGCUGAAUACCUGGGUGCGACUUCUCCGCCUGCCCAAUGCAAAGUUCAGGUUGAGGCCAGGACCUACGUGCAGCGUGGCAGGGUGGGGUCGGACUGCCUUCAACUCACCGACUGACACCCUCCACGAGGUGGACCUGAAGGUGAUGGAGGACAAUCUGUGUAAGGCGUAUCCUCGCUUCAACACCUCGACAAUGCUGUGUGUGGGGGAACGUGGCCUCGGAAAAUUACCUUAUCGGGGGGAUUCUGGUGGCCCCUUGGUUUGUGAGGGAGUGGCUCAGGGCAUCGCUUCAUACGUUGAUGCGGAAUUGUGGGACCCAAGCGUGUUCACACGACUCACCGCCUUUGUCCCCUGGAUCCGGACCAUUCUGCAGAACCAGCUUUAA